GAGAAAACAAAAAUAGAGAAACAUGUCAAAACAAUAAUAACAACAAUUAAUGUGUCAAACAGUCAAAAUAACAACAAUAAAACUUGAGUUAAAAAAUCAGCUGGUAUAUAAUGUAUAUAAUUUAAUAAUAAUUAUUGAUUAAUUUAUUGACUUUUAUAAUGUACACAUUAUUGAGUGGUUUUUAUAAAUAUUUAGUACAAAAAGAUGAAUAUUACAUACUCAUUUUGGGACUUGAUAAUGCUGGAAAAACAACUUAUUUAGAAGCAGCUAAGACAAAAUUUACUAAAAAUUAUAAAGCAAUGAAUCCAAGUAAAAUAACAACAACUGUUGGUUUAAAUGUUGGAAAAAUUGAUACUGCUGGUGUAAGAUUAAAUUUUUGGGAUCUUGGUGGACAAGAAGAGCUUCAAUCAUUAUGGGAUAAGUAUUAUGCUGAAUCUCAUGCAGUCAUUUACAUUGUUGAUUCAUCAGAUCGUGAUAGAAUACCAGAUUCAAAACAAACAUUUGAUCGUGUUAUAUCAUCAGAACAUUUAACAGGUGUUCCAUUACUGGUUCUUGCAAAUAAACAAGACAUAUUAGACUCAAUGGGAAUCAGAGAAGUUAAACCAAUAUUUAAUGAAAAUGCACAUUUAAUUGGAAGAAGAGACUGCAUGGUUAUGCCGGUAUCAGCAUUAGAAGGAGAUGGAGUUGAUGAAGGAAUUCAUUGGCUUGUUGAUUGUGUUAAAAGAAAUAACGAUUCAAGACCUCCAAGAAAUCAUGAAGACAAUUGUUUGUCAUGAUAAAAAAAAAUUUUUUUUUAAUUUCUAAAUUAUACAACGGUAUAUAUUUUAUUUAAAUUAUAUUCUUACUUUAUUUUUUAUAUUUAUAAAAAAUAAAAUUUCAAGAUAAAAAAAUAAUUAUGUAUAGUUUUUGAUUUUUCGUUUGAAAAAAAAGAACAAAUAUGAUAAUAAAAGUGUAUACACAGUUUGUUUCUAUCAGUUAGAUAAAAAGAUAAGAUAAACAUAAAAAACAAUUUUUUUUUAUCAUUUUUUGAUGAGUUUAUUGUAACUUGUUCUUGAUUCUAUGUCAUAAAAAUAAUAUAUUUAAUUAUUCUUCAAGUUUAUU